GUUGUAUUAAUAUCUUUCAUCUUAGCACAAGCUCCCACCUGUGAAGGCACGCCAUGUGGAAACAGUGGUGCUGAGUGUAUUACUCUGUAUCAAAAUUAUACCUGCCAGUGCCCGUAUCAGUUCUACUAUAACUCAUCAGCUUGUGUGGAAGGAAAAGUAUUCCCCGGACAGCUCACAGUGAAUAUAGUCUACAACAGUGAAAUGCAAAAUGUUAACUCGCCCAGUUACAGACGGCUGUACCAAGCCAUCGAAAAUUUUUUCCAAAAAGUUUUCUCUGACCAAACAGACUAUGGACAGACAGUAAUCAAGACUGUGAGUGGACUCCCUUCAGCUAGGAAAAGGAGUACAGGUCAGACUGACGUGCAGUUUAUGAACAUCUUUGGAGUGAAGACAACUUUAUCCAAUGAAACGGUUGAAGAGCUUAUAAAAAAUGUAACUGAUGACGGUCUUAUUAAUUCUAAGAGCUACAAGCCGCUCAAAGCAUGUGCUGUGUAUGGAUGUGAUCCAGUGACCACUACAUGCCAAGAAUUGGCUGAUGGGAUAGUAGAGUGCCAGUGCAAAGAAGGGGCAUUCAAGAAGAACCUGGAAGACAGAGUUUGUUCAUAUUGCAACAGCAUGUGCACCAGUGAAAACCAGAAACACUGUACUUACAACAAGACGGGUUUUCCAAUUUGCAGUUGCCUUCCUGAUUUUAAAUCAGAAGAGUCAAAAUGUGUGCCAUGUCCUGUUGGCUAUUCUGGAGUAGACUGUCAGAACAGUGAGUAGAGGAGUUUCUAAUUGUUUCUUUAGUUAAUACCUUUAUUAUUCUGAUGUUAUUUUAUUUAAUGUCAAAAAGAUUCUUUCUAUUUAAUAGCAAGAAGUCCAGCAAUGUCUAAGCUGUGGAGCUGCUAUGCAGGAUGUGCAAUAGCAGCAGUUACAGAGACACAACCCCAGCAUGUUAAUAAAAAAAAAAUAGGGAAGGAUGAGUGAGGAUGCAAAAGUUCUCCACCCAAAUAGAGAAAGAAACCAGAAAUGAACAGAGAAGAGUGCAUCUUCCUAGUGGCGACAUGGAACUAAUUCACUAGAUUUUACUGGCCGAUUCUGGUAUAACAUGGAAAAGGGAGUACAGAAUACAGCUCACUCUUUUGUUAGAUGUGAUGGCUCUGCCGCAGUAAAGCGUGAUGGAUAUUUUAUUUUAUUGACCACAGUUAGCAGAUACGUUCCUGUUCCUUUGCGUUUCUGAACAGCAUUCAGGAGGAGUUUGCCACCUCUGAGCAUUAACCAUGAGCCACAGAGAAAGAGCUGCAUGGCUACGACCUGGGACAGUUGGUUUUUCUGUCGCUCUGCAGGCCAUUGCACAAGGGGAAACACGGCAAAGAAAUGCCAUGCUAUAUAAGUGUA